CGUUGAGAUCAAAUUCGAAUUGCGAUCAGUCAACACUGAGUAAAUGACUUUUACACCAUUUUAAGUGACAUUUUAAUAAAUUUUUAGUUUCGUUCUUAUUCUUAAACGCAGUUAUGGCCUUGAAUGUACAUAAAUUUUCUAAUUAUCGAUUAGUGCAGCAAAUUGGUAGAGGAACUUACGGGACUGUGUACAAAUGCAAACGAUUGAAAGAUUCUGAAACGGUAGUUGUGAAGGAAAUUUGUGUGAAUUUUUCAGAUCACGUGAGCUUUGAGAGUGUUAAAAACGAAAUAGUGAUUUUAGCAAAAUUAUCACAUCCCAAUAUAAUUGGAUAUCAUGAGACAUUUUAUAAUGAUCAUUCUGUUUUUAUUGUAAUGGAAUAUGCUUCUAAAGGGACACUGAGCAGUUAUUUAACGUCGAAAACAAUAAAACUGCCUGAAAUGGAGGUACUGCAUAUUCUAAGCCAAAUUGCAAUGGGUGUCCAAUACAUUCAUAGUAAGGGAAUUUUACAUCGGGACUUGAAAUGUGAAAAUAUAUUUUUAUCAGCGGGUCUAGUGGUGAAGAUUGGAGAUUUUGGCAUAUCAAAAAUAUUAUUGAAUCAAAGUAAAGCCUUUAGUGUGAUUGGAACACCAUAUUAUCAGUCACCAGAAUUGUGUCAGAAUAAGCCCUAUGGCUACAAAAGUGAUAUGUGGGCAAUUGGCUGCAUUUUAUAUGAAAUGUGCACGUUGAGAAAGGCUUUCGAUGCAACGACACUGGCUGGUCUUGUAAUGAAAAUAAUGGAAGCAAAAAUAACUCCUAUUGAUCCCGGUACAUACAGCACACCUUUAUGGAAUAUUAUUCAGGGUUUGUUGUGUUUUGAUCCAGAUUUAAGACCAAGUGCUGUCCAAUUGUUAUGUCAUCCCUUAAUUGCGCAACUUGUUUUCAAGGCGUAUUCCCAUUCUUUCCAAGACCUACAAGGGUGUUUUCAUAGUUGA